UACAAUAUAAUUUUUAAAUCAAAUGAAUGCUGGCAUAAAGUAUGUUCAUUUUCAUUCAGUGCUUAGUGUUGGUUUUUUUUCUUUCUUUGGAGUGACAUCAUGAGUGCUCCAUACAUUUUGGUCCCUUUUUUUAGAAUAGUGCCUAGAGGUUGCUUAUAAUUCUUUUAGUUUAAAAAUUUUAAUAAAAAAAGAUAUAUGAUUGAGUGAGAUGUUGCUUUGUAAUGGUGGUAGUGGUAGUGGUAGUAAUGUUCCACCAGGGUUCAGAUUCCAUCCAACAGAGGAAGAACUUGUGGGGUAUUACCUGAACAGAAAGGUUCAUUCCUUGAAGUUUGAUUUAGAUGUUAUUGCUGAUGUUGAUCUCUAUAGGAUUGAGCCUUGGGAUAUUCAAGAUAAAUGCAAGUUGGGAGGACAUGAGGAGCAGAAGGAGUGGUACUUCUUCAGCCACAAGGACAGGAAGUAUCCGACGGGGAGCCGGACGAACCGGGCGACGGCCGCCGGAUUCUGGAAGGCGACGGGGCGGGACAAGGCGGUGGUGGCGGCAAAGGAGGAGAAGAUGAUAGGGAUGAGGAAGACAUUGGUGUUUUACAAAGGUAGAGCCCCAAAUGGCACCAAAACCCAUUGGAUCAUGCAUGAAUAUCGCCUCCAAUCUUCUCCCCAUGCACCUACCCAGGAGGAAGGAUGGGUGGUAUGCCGUGCAUUCAAGAAACCAAUUCCAAAUAACAAUAGGCCAGUAGGAGGAGAUGGAUUAUAUGAUGCAAAUUGUAAUAAUUACUACUCCCUUAGAGACCACCACCACCACCACAACGGUUGUUCCCGGCAGCCACUGCCACCGCCGCCAGCAACCACAAUUUUCUCGAUGCCACACCAUUUCAACCACCUCAACGACUACGAUCAAAUCGCCAUCGGCCCCAUCGUCCCCACGGCGGUCACUAGUCUCGAAGAUCACCACCACCACCAUCAUCGUCAUCAAGAGGAAUUUGACAAGAUGAAUAGUUAUGCAGAUGAUCAUAAUAAUGAUCCUCAGAGCCUCGCGGCGAUGAUGGUCCCUUCCUAUUCAUUUGCUAAUAUGCCGCCGCUGCUCAUGCGACAUGAUGAUGACCAUGACCACAUGAGUCAUCUUUUCGGGUGCUUCCCGGAUUUAUAGCCCGGCCCGAUGGGACCGGGACAUAUAUA